AUGUCCCAAUCGACAGACAGGAGGCAAGCCCAACCACAUUCAAUCCAGGCCAUUAUUCGUGAUAAUUGCGGGUUACGCCUGUAUGUCCCUCCGAUAGCAUGGACCUCGGACCAACUACGACUUUUGACGUGCCACUUCAACCUCCAGAAAGGGAGAGGAAAACAAGCUCAUGAUAAUGGUGGUAGAGUGACAGACGGCACUACACAGAUAAAGCCAGAGAGAUGGCGACACAGUCAACUUAUGCGCACUGCAACUAAGUUGGCACGGAUAAGCACAUUGGUGGCCAAGAAGUUCGCUGUUGAAGAAAUACUGAAUGCUUACGAUAUUCAUAUUUCAGACUACAAAUGCCUGUCGUUUUACUUCAACCACCGGCCUGUUGUGAAGCUCGCAACGGACGGUGUCUUCUCAAGCAACUCCGUGACCCCAAGCCUUGCCUACAUCACGUUCGAUAGUAUACAGUCUCUUCGCAAGAAACAUGUGUACACGCCACCUUACAGAAUGGUCAACGUACCCGGUCUCCGUCUCAGGCAGAAAAAGCUCGAUUCUCUUACACCCCAGAAUCCCGUCGAAGACCCAUACAUCGCGGCGAUACUGAUCGCUUUAGCGCAGGAGCAACGGCGGCGGUUACAGCAGGAAGGAUCGCAAGGAGAAGGUGGCAACAUCAUAACUAAGAAUCAGACGAGCCAUAUGGAUGCAGAUACCACGAGUACGGCUCGCUCGUCCUCUCCAAGUACAGAGCAAAUGGCCUUGAACACAGCAAAUUCUUUCAAGGUCCUAGCCCUUUCUGGAGUAGCAGCCGAUGCUCUUUACGUCUAUACCGCCAACAUCCCCUCUGGGUUUCUCGACAAGUUCGAUGAGCCGUUGCACUACUCGCCAAGCUGUCCGGUUGCAAUAACAUAUUGUCGUGUCCCGUUGGCAAGCUCAAAUCUGUUAAGAAAGUUGCACCGGCUGCUCUGCGCUGGUUCGUGCAGCUUUUGUUCUUGCAAUUAG